UUAAAAUAAGAAUGAAAACAUUCGCCUCUCAAAAGACUCAAAUAUUUCAUUUUUUUACCUUUCUCUUUGUAUCAUUUUGCAAUAAUAUGGUGUAUCGCUUGUAGCUUUACGUUAAAUUGAUUAUUAAAGUGCUGUUAUAUCUCGUGUUAGGAUCUAUUAUUUGACGCUGAAACUACGGUAAUGUCGUCGUUUAGUAAUGAGGAUUCAUCGAUUUCCUCUGCGAGUAGCUAUGUUGAAACCUAUAUGGAUUAUGUUGAGGCAUUACCUGAUGACUUGCAGAGAGAUAUUUCUCAAAUGAGAGAGAUUGAUUUAGUAUACCAAGAAAAACUAAGAGAAAUUAGUCGUCUAAUUGAUUCCUAUCACACAAAAAAGGAAUCCUCAAACAGGAAGAAAUGCUUGAUACAGAUUCAGAGAUGUUUGGUUAAAAGUCAGGAAUUAGGAGAUGAGAAAUUACAACAUGUUUCCCAUAUGAUGGACAUGGUUGAUACCAAAAGUCGUCAGGUCCACAUUGAGAUGGAAUCAGCUGAAUUAAGGAAUGACCAGGCACCAAGCAUGCCGAUGAAACAGGAAACGCAAGAUGAACAGGAUACAAAUCAAAGAGCUGGUGAAAAAAUAAAAUCAACUCGAAAUCGCCGACGACUUCACGAAAAAGUAAAACAAGAACAAGAUACCGAAAAUCCUGAGAAAACCUCCAAUUCCACCGAGAAUCCAAAACCACCGAAGAAGAAAAAAUUCAAUCGCAAAAAGAAAAAAGAAAACAGUUCACCAACACCUGACAUUCCAAUUGAUCCGAAUGAACCAACAUACUGCUUAUGUAAUCAGGUUUCAUAUGGAGAAAUGAUAGGCUGUGAUAAUGAAGGGUGUGAAAUUGAGUGGUUCCAUUUCCAGUGUGUCAAUUUAACAUCAAAACCCAAAGGACGAUGGUAUUGCCCAAAGUGUAGUCAGGAAAGGCAACGUAAAAAGAAUGACAAAAAUGACAAAACAGAAAAAACAGAGAAAUAAUACCACAGUUGUGUGUCACUGCUUGUAUAAGUUAUUUUGAUAGACAUGUAGAUGUUAUGAGCUCUAUGAACUUUUCCAAAUUAUUAAUUUGCUUCCACAAUGUGUUCUUGUAAAACUGUA